AAGAAGAAGAAAAGGCAGCAGAAGAAGAAGUAGUAGGAUCAUGUCAGAAUGGGGACCCAAGUGAAAGAUGUCAUCAUUAAGCCCGACGCUCCGAGCGCCCUGCUGCUGGACAAACACGCGGAUUACAUCGCAGCCUACGGCUCCAAGAAGGACGACUAUGAAUACACGCUGUCGGAAUACCUGAGGAUGAGCGGGAUCUACUGGGGCCUGACGGUGAUGGACCUGAUGAGCCAGCUGCCCCGGAUGAACCGGCAGGAGAUCAUAGACUUCAUCAAAGCCUGUCAGCACGAUUGUGGAGGCAUCAGCGCCAGCAUCGGACACGACCCCCAUCUGCUCUACACCCUCAGUGCUGUCCAGAUCUUGUGCUUGUAUGACAGCGUGGAUGCGAUCGAUGUGGACAGAGUGGUCGAAUAUGUCAAAGGGCUGCAGCAGGAAGACGGCUCUUUUGCAGGGGACAAAUGGGGUGAAAUAGAUACACGGUUUUCCUUCUGUGCUGUUGCUACACUUGCAUUAUUGGGCAAGAUGGACAUGAUAAAUGUUGACAAAGCGGUAGAGUUUGUCUUGUCCUGUAUGAACUUUGAUGGAGGUUUUGGCUGCAGACCUGGUUCAGAGUCUCACGCUGGUCAGAUUUACUGCUGCACCGGCUUCUUGUCGCUCACCGGCCAGCUGCACCAGGUGAACGCUGACCUGCUGGGCUGGUGGCUCUGUGAGAGACAGCUGCCGUCCGGAGGUCUCAAUGGACGCCCUGAAAAGCUUCCAGAUGUUUGCUACUCGUGGUGGGUUUUGGCGUCGCUGAAAAUCAUCGGCAGGAUUCACUGGAUCGACAAAGCCAAGCUGCAGACGUUUAUUCUGGCCUGUCAAGACGAGGAGACGGGAGGUUUUGCUGAUAGACCAGGAGACAUGGUGGAUCCUUUCCACACUCUGUUCGGAGUUGCGGGUCUGUCCCUCCUCGGAGACGAGCAGAUCAAACCGGUGAAUCCAGUCCUGUGUAUGCCUGAAGACGUCCUGCAGAGAAUCGGCCUGCAGCCCGACCUCCUCAGCUAGCCCUCCGACACACUACACACACACACACACCGUCACACACACCUGCACAACAAAACUACUGUCCUGCUGAACGCCCCUCAGCCUCACCACAACCACCACAGCCGGGCGAUGGAAGCAGAGAGAGGACCAGUGUUGGCUGAAGUCAACGCUUCAGAUACAGGUUGCUCGGUGAUGAGGACAAGUGGAGCCUCUUAACUGAGCCUUUUUGUUUUAAUCCUCCUGCUACUCAUCAGUUUAUUUGCUUCACCGCAACAAAACGAGGCGACGUUUCAAAGUGUCAUCCUAUUUGCAAAUAUCUCGAAAUCAUAAAACGACAUUCCUUAACUUCGAGGGAAAACGUGUAGCUGUUCACAUACGGUUGAAGCGUUUCCUGCUCUCAUCACCUCUCAGCUUGUCCACUAACCAAGAAAUUUAUUAACGCAAUUAGACGCCUCUUUGGUGCUUUACGAGGUGUGGCUGUUAAAUAAUGAAAGUGGACUUAUGUAUGUCGAUCCACGGCGCCAGUGUGUAAAAACGUGGCACACAUAAAUAAUCUACAGUCUCAUUAUUUAAGAGCCACAUCUUGGCAUUAGCAUGUUUGUUACCUGGACGAUCGAGGAAUAUUCUGCUUCAUUCGACAGGUUUAACCUUGAAAGAGUCGAAGGUUUACGCGUGGGAGAGUUCAGUCAGAUGGAUUCAGCCGAGGGAGACAAAAGGUAAAAGAUAGAUUUGCUGUUUUAUGUGUUUCCGCGGCUGAAGCUCCUGACAUUUUGACCGUGAUUUAGUUUAAAUGCACCACAUCUCUUUGCUUUCUCAUUGUUCUGCCUUUUCACGCAGCCACUGAUUCAUAUAAAACCAACUUAUGUAUUUGAACAGUGUGAAGGGCAGCAGAGCAAUCACACCGACCCUGUGCCAGUGGGCCCGACUGGAGAUGUAACGCCGGACUUGUUGCAAAGACAGCUUUAUAGUCACUGCAUUAAAAUCACCUCAACACAGACUAUUAUUUCUGGCAGGCUUUAGAAGAAGGGGAAAUGUUCUCUUUGUGGCUGGAAACGCCCAGAGGUGGUCUUCAGUACAUUUAAUGUCUUAUCCGCAGUCCCAGCUACACUAUUUAUUUAAAUCCGUGUUACUCAGUGCAGCUGUGGGCAGCUGUGUUUGAUCUGCCUCCGCACUGCGUGAAACAUCAUGAAACAUUUCCAGGCUUAUGUUUAGAUAAACGAAUUCUGUGAAAUGUGGUCUGUAAAGCCUCACAUGUACUUGAUGUGUGAAACCUGCACUCUUGUUGUCUUACUGGAUGAAAUUUUAUCUGUCGUUAACAAAGUGUUGAGUGUCGAUAUUGUUACAGAAAGUAAAUAAAUCACAUUUUAAUGCGCUAGU